CGAGCACGGAGUGGGCGGCGGGUCCGCGCAGCAGCCCCGCGGCUCCGCCACCAUCGCUGAGGUGCCGCUUCUCCCACAGACGCUCGCGAGCCGCCCCCCGCGCUCCGCAGCCUCUCAGCCGCGUCGGGCCUCGGUCCCCGCCUCCUUCCCCGCGCCUGGUCCCCUCACGCGCUCGCCACAUUGUCUCCGCCUCGUUGAGAGGGGAAAAAAGAAAAGAAAAAAAAAAUCACCGUCUCCUGUGGGAGCCCCGCGUUCCUCCGGAAAAAACAAAACGAGACAUGGUCCUGGGCCCCUGCUGCUGAACGCUCGGCCCGCCCGCGGAGGUCGACGGCCCGCCCGCCAGGGAAGCCCCGCAAGCCCCGGCGUCGCGACCCCCCGCGGGCCCAGCCCCCUCGGCUCCGCGCCCGACGCCCUCGGCCGCCCGCGGCCUCCUUCCCGGUCCCAGCUACUUUCCCUGGAGUCGGGCCGCCACCCUCUCAUUGAUGGUGUAGCGCCCGAGGGAGAGAUGUGUGUUCCUGAAACACCUGGGCUCUUAUUUAACAGCCAGAACAUGAAGAGAAAGCCUUUUCCAUGACAUGUCCAUUUUGAAACGUUGGGGUUGUUGGAGUGGUUGGAUUUUCCCUGGAAUUGAGUGAGAAAUUCAGAAGACUGAAGCCCAGGCUUACUGUCUACCUUUCACGGAGGCCUAGCCGUGAGAGGACAGAAGAAGGCACGUGGCGAAUCAUGACAGCGGACAAAGACAAAGACAAAGACAAAGAGAAGGACCGGGACCGGGAUCGGGACCGAGAGAGAGAUAAAAGAGAGAAAGUGAGAGAGAGUGAGAACUCCAGGCCUCGAAGGAGCUGCACCCUGGAAGGAGGAGCCAAAAAUUAUGCUGAGAGUGAUCACAGUGAAGAUGAAGACAAUGACAAUAACAGUGCCGCCACGGAGGAGUCCUCGAAGAAGAACAAAAAGAAGCCACCGAAGAAAAAAUCCCGCUAUGAAAGGACGGACACCGGGGAGAUAACAUCCUACAUCACAGAGGAUGACGUGGUCUACAGACCAGGAGACUGUGUGUAUAUCGAGAGUCGGAGGCCAAAUACACCGUAUUUCAUCUGUAGCAUUCAAGACUUCAAACUGGUCCACAACUCCCAGGCCUGUUGCAGAUCUCCAACUCCUGCUUUGUGUGACCCCCCAGCAUGCUCUCUGCCGGUGGCAACACAGCCACCACAGCAUCUUUCUGAAGCCGGGAGAGGGCCUGUAGGGAGUAAGAGGGACCAUCUACUCAUGAACGUCAAAUGGUACUACCGUCAGUCUGAAGUUCCAGAUUCAGUGUAUCAGCAUUUGGUUCAGGAUCGGCAUAAUGAAAAUGACUCCGGAAGAGAACUUGUCAUCACAGAUCCAGUUAUUAAGAACCGAGAACUCUUCAUUUCUGAUUACGUUGACACAUACCAUGCUGCUGCCCUUAGAGGGAAGUGUAGCAUCUCCCAUUUUUCUGACAUAUUUGCUGCUAGAGAGUUCAAAGCACGAGCGGACUCAUUUUUCUACAUACUGGGCUACAACCCCGAGACUAGGUAAGCCGUCCAUGUGUGCCUCUCAGA